AUGGAUGCCGAUAAAAUUCUCAAGUAUGAGUUGAUCAUGGAAGACGAGAGGCGUUUGGCAAAGGAAUACAGUACGGUUUUGACGAGGAAGCAUAGGGCGAGGCAGGAGGCGGAGAUGAAUCUGCUGAGGACAAAGAAAUAG